AUGGCUAUCAUCGCAAGGCUGGCUACAAGAUUUAAUACUCGCUACGAGGAACGGCCUGUUCUUACCAUGAUGGUAACAAAUGCUGUGCUUGGUGGUAUCGCCGACACAGUUGCUCAAUCGAUCACUUCUAUUCGAACUCGUCAACAGUCUCUUGGGAGAGACGCAGAUGCGAAAGACGACACCCACAACAUCGAGAUUUGGGAAAGAAACAAGCAGAGUGUUAUCAUUGAUCGAGAGCUCAUACCAACAACCAAAUUGCUUGCGCCGCCAUUUGACUUCGAGCGCCUUACCCGCUUCAUGGCAUAUGGGUUCGGCAUGGCACCUAUACAGUUCAAAUGGUUUCGUUUCCUCGAGAAUUGCUUCCCUGUUACGAGCAAAAGUGCAAUGGCCCCUUCUCUAAAACGAGUUAUACUCGACCAACUGAUAUUCGCUCCUGUGGGUACGUGA